AUGUUUCCUCCUCCUACUACUCAUAUAAAUUAUCUAACUGUUUCUAAUGGUCACUUUCGCGAUGCUCAAGACCGCGUGCGACUUUUACGUGGUGUUAAUUUAAGUGGCACAUCAAAGCUUCCAUUUGGGUACAGUCAUACUCAAAACGAGAUAAAUUCUUUCAAUCGAUUCUUUGAGAAUCCACAAAAUGUCUCAUUUAUCAAUCGACCAUUUCCAUUAACUGAAGCGUCAGUACAUUUUGCUCGAUUGGAGCGAUGGGGUUUGACUUUUCUUCGGUUUAUUGUCACAUGGGAAGCUAUUGAACAUUCUGGACCAGGUGUUUAUGAUCACGAGUAUUUACAAUAUCUUCAUGAUUUAAUUGCAAUGGCGGGAGAUUAUGGACUAAGUAUUUAUGUGGAUCCUCAUCAAGAUGUGUGGUCAAGAUGGACGGGAGGAGAUGGAGCACCCAUGUGGACAUUGGAAACUAUUGGACUAAAACCACGAAACUUUGACGUGACCAAAGCAGCGCUUUGUGUUGAGACGUCUGGAGUAGAAGUCACCAAGUUUCCAAAGAUGAUUUGGCCUACGAAUUACUUUAAAAUGGCAUGUGCUACGAUGUUUUCGCUCUUUUGGGGAGGAGCUAAGUGUGCUCCAUCGUGUCAGAUCAAUGGCGUACAAGUACAAGAGUAUUUACAGUCACAUUACUUGAAUGCUAUGGUAGAGUUGGCUAAAGCGUUGAAAGGAUUGACGAAUGUAGUGGGUUUUGGAACAAUGAACGAACCAUCUUCUGGGUAUUUGGGACUAAAAGACUUGGCCAAGCACUUUCAUCCCGGCGAGCUCAAGUACGGACUGGCACCCACUCCAUUUCAAGGCAUGGCUCUGGCUGAUGGCUAUGAGCAGGUUGUUCAACGCUGGUCGAAUGGUGCGAACCAACACAUACUAGGACGACCCGAUGAGCUCGUGACGGUGGACCCUAAUGGAUCUCGCGCUUGGCAGCAAGGGCGACGCUGCAUUUGGAGGGAGGAAGGGAUUUGGGACGUGGAUAACACAUCUGGAAAACCGGUGCUGCUGCGUCCAGACCACUUUGCAGAUAUCAGGUUUGGCCGCGACUGCUACGUGCCCUUUGCAGCGCGCUUCACGGAGCGCAUUCGCCGCAUCUUGCCCCACAUUUUGCUAUUUGUCGAGCUACCACCGCUCGAGUUCAGCAUCGAUGCAUUUCCUGAGAUCGAUGAUACCCUUAUCCCACGUGCGGUUAAUGCUACGCAUUGGUAUGAUGGUGUCACGCUAUUUCUACGAGCUUGGCGGCCAUACUUCACUGUGGACCCGAGGACCAAGCGACCUGCAUUUGGCUCCGCUGCUGUGCGUAGAAUGCAUAUGCAGCAACUACAGGGCAUCAAGGCAUAUGGUCAUGAGCAGAUGAAUAACGCGCCAACACUCAUUGGUGAAACGGGCAUCCCGUUUAACAUGCACGGUGGUAAAGCUUUUCGAAACGGCGAUUUUAGUGCACAGGUUGGAGCCCUGGACCAUACAAUUUCGUGUCUCGAGGCUUGUAUGGUUUCCUUCACCCUUUGGUGCUACACGUCCGACAACUGCAACGACUUUGGCGACCAAUGGAAUAUGGAAGACUUGAGUUUGAUCAGCAAGGACAAGCCUCGACGAUCGGACGGACCACUUGCAGUACCGGAUCGAGACGCCUGUGCGCGAGCGAUUCGGGCAUUUGUUCGACCCUACGCCACACGUAUUGCUGGUACUCCUUUAAAGUCGGAAUUUCUGCUUGAUCGUGUGCGCUACGAGCUAGAAUACGUCUCCAAUUCGAGCAUGCCCAGUGAAACGUCCAUGCACCCAACGGAAGUUUUUGUGCCGCAUCUGCAGUACUCAAAGGGCUACUCUGUGGAGACGUCCGAUGGCUACUUCUCCAUUCAAUCAUACGAUGGAUGGGACGUCGUGUCUUAUAUGCAUGAUCCGUCAAAGACCAGUCAUUGGUUUUUGAUCACAUCGAAGGAUACAAGUAUCGAAAAAAAUCGUCGGGCACGUAGCCUCAAGAUGAGGAUACUGAUGUCACCACUUGUAGCACUUGGUGCCUACACAUUGUAUUUGAUUUUCGGAUAG